CAUGCACCAGAGGUAGGUCCCGUAUCGUUUCCUUCAACACACCUCUGCUGGACACACAUGGAAAAAUCCCAAAUGCAAGUGACUGCAGAGUCCGCCCUCACCGUCUCUGUAUAGCUCAAAUCCUACCCUCUCUUCCCAAGAGGCAAACUCAGAAGGAUUUCACCCUCUCUCUCUUCCACCAUUUACUGGAACAAUCCUUUCUGUCAGAGAGAGAAGGAGAGAGAGAGGAAAAGGGGGGGGGGGGGGAAGGAAAAGAGGAUGAUUUAGUUACAGGAAAAGCUGCUUUAUUCCUGAAUAACCUCUGCUCCCUUGUUUCGAUCGGAAAGUUGGCUGUGCAGCUUGGAACCAUGUACGAGGAGAAACAUGUUGGUUGUUGACGGGGGGAUCUUUUUGUGAUUCAAGAUGGCGUCGAUGGCCAACGGGCCCCCAGAGAUGGAAGUGCAGAAACGGGCCGGGAAGCAGCAGCCCAGACCACCCCUUAAACCAAAGCCCCCCGUGCCGGGCCAUGGUGCCAGGAAGCAGGACGGAACCCGCGCCUCCGCCGGUCUAGAACCUUCCGCUGAGGCCGACGUCUUGAGGAGCAGCGAUGGGGCGCAGUCAACUGGCCCCCCCGUCCCCACCAGGCGGAGGGCCUCGGGCGCCGCGCCGGAGGGGGGCGAGGCCCUCUCCAGUUCUGGAAACGUCCGGAAGAUGCGGGAAUUGUUCCAGCAAGCGCUGAGCCUGCCGGAGGGAGAAAAGGCAGCGGCCAAGGAUAAGUCGGCUCGGGGCCUCCAGCAGUCGGAGGUGGCGAGGGUACCCCCUGCCAGAGCCAUGCCGGUGCCCAAAGCCCGGCUGAAACGCAUGGCAAGGGUAGCAGUGCCUCCGCACCCGCUGGUGAAUGACAGCAGCGGUCAGGUGCCACCGGUGGCCAAGGUGCGGCCCUCUGUCUCGCCCCCAAGCCGAGGAGCUGCAAAAGGACCGAAACCGGAGGAGACGCGGGAUCAGGGUGACCCGGCUGGAGAUGGUGAGGCCGAGCGGCGCUGUUCGCCCACCUGCCCGUGCGUGUGCCACACGACACGACCCGGGAUGGUCCUCGUCUGGAGACCCGCGUCCGUCGCCCAGGAGGGCGUGGACCAGCUGGACAACUCUCUGUCGGACUCGUCGGAGAGCGGGGGCGGGGCCAAGCCGUUUCGCUACGUCAUGCGCGUGACCGAGGGGGGCCGCGAGGACACUUCGGAGGAGGAGGAGGACCACCACCAGCACGUGCGAUGCAGCGGCCGCCCGGGCUGGACCGUGCCCGAGAUCAGCCUCACGGGGACGGAGGCGGCCGGAGAGCGGGAGGGAGAUGGCGGUCAGCCGCCCGGCUCCGCCUCCGCCUCCGUCUCCACGGCGACGGUGACCGAGGGUGGCGCAGGGCCCGCCCUCCCCGAGCCGGGCGGACCACCCGGGGCCUCGGCGGGCAAGGGGCUCGAUCGGGCGCACGGGGCCCCGCUCCCCGGGGGCACUGCCAGGCCGGCGGCUGCCAAUCAGCUGCCCAAACCCCCUCGCCGGAAUAAGCCCGCCAGGCAGUCGUCGCUGGCGGGCAAGGGGGCUCCGUUGCCCCACAGGAGGCUGGCCCAGGUCCGGCGGUCCGACCUUGACCCGCCCUCCCGCAUCAGGCAGCGGUACACGGCCAGCGACCUGGACAAAAUUUCGCAGUGCGUGGACGGGCUGAACCUGCAUUUUCGGAAGCUGGGCCCGCCCCCUUCUCUGCCCCCUGAAGCCCUGAAGCCUCUGAGCCCCAAAGUAACCCGCUCGGCGCCUCCGAGCCCCAAGGAGAAGCACCUGCAGGCCAUCUACGACGAGAUUGGCACAGGUGUUGACGACGAUUCAGGGGACGAUUAUGAGGCUUAUUUGGAGAUUCUCGAGAGCAGGCCUGCAAAGACUGGUAAUCAGAAGAUGACUAACUGGGAAUCCCAAUUUCAAAGCGAGCCCUUGUAUCAAACCUAUCGGGAGACAGUAAUCAACAAGGCGAUUAAGCAACAGACCUUGAUACGAGACUCCAGUAAGACCAGCGAGGACUACGUGUACGAAAGCAUACCCUUCGUCCCGGACAGCGACAGAGCUCCCCUGCAAGAUCCGAGGUCACAGAGCCCCGGGAACUCGCUGUGGCAGAAUCUGAGUGCCGUCCGUCAAAGUGGAAUUCUGGAUGAGCUCAGCCAGGGGGAAUGCCGUCUCCAAGAGAGCAUGUUCGAAGUUCUGACAUCCGAGGCUUCGUACCUUCGCAGCCUGAACGUGCUCACCGAGCAUUUCAUGGACAGCAAGGACCUGAACGAAACCAUCAUUUUACGCGACAAAAAGACGCUCUUUUCGUGCAUCACCAGAGUGAAGGAAGUUAGCGAAAGUUUUCUGAAGGACCUGGAAGAUCGCAUGGACGAGAGUAUAAAGAUUAAGGACGUGUGCGACAUUAUUUAUUUGCACGCCCUGCACAACUUCCAGGUGUAUGUUGAUUAUGUGCGUAACCAGCUUUAUCAGGAGCAGAAGUACAGCCAACUCAUGGAGGAGAACGCCCAGUUCGCCGCUGUGGUUGUCCGUCUCCAGGAGCUUCCGCGAUGCCAGCGAUUGCCGUUCAUGUCCUUCCUGCUCCUCCCCUUCCAACGGAUCACGCGGAUUAAGAUGCUGCUCGAGAAUAUACUCCAAAGAUCCGAGGUUGGAUCAGUGAACGAAGAAACUGCCUCAAAAGCACUAGGCCUUGUAUCCAAGAUCAUUGAAGAGUGCAACCGGGAAGUCGGGAUAAUGAAGCAAAUGGAGGAAAUGAUCCACAUCGGAAAGAAGCUGGAGUUUGAUAAGCUAAAGGCUAUUCCUAUUAUCUCCCAGCUUCGCCACCUCGAGAAGCAGGGGGAGCUGUCUGAGAUUGUCUUCCGGGGGAAUCUGUUUGGGAUGAAGCCCAAGGUCACUCCUUUGUACCUCUUUCUCUUCAAUGACCUACUGCUCAUUACCAAUAAGAGGAGCUGUGAUGCUGUGCCCAGUGGAGACAGGUACCAGGUGGUGGACUAUGCCCAUCGAUCGCUGGUUGAGGUGCAGGAAUGCGCCAAUAACUCGAUGGGGGCUGGAAUCGGGAACGUCUUCAUGCUGAUCCUGCUGGAGAACCAUCAGGGCAAGCAAUCUGAACGCCUCGUGAAGACCUCAACAGAGUCUGACCGGCACCGCUGGAUGGACGCUUUAAUGUCGGGCAAAGAGAACCUUCCGGAAGAUUCCAACGAUGACAAAAUCUACGAACGCUGGGACUGUCCCCAGAUGCAGUGUCUGAUCCCAUACACAGCCCAGCAAGCUGAUGAGCUGAGCUUGGAGCCUGCGGACAUAAUUAACAUCACGAGGAAAUCAGCAGAGGGGUGGUUCGAGGGCUGCAAGUUGUCUACUGGGCAGAAGGGCUGGUUCCCCAGCGACAACGUGCAGGAGAUCACCAACGAGCACGUCCGGAGGCGGAACCUGAGGGAGCGAUAUCGGCUGCUCCAGGCCGCUCAGCAUCAGACUCGACCCAGCGAGACCACCAGCAAAGCAAACGUGUCCUUCUGAAACCCCCCCCCAAGACAGCGGUGGGGAGGGGAGGGAAGAGAGAAAAACGAGCGGUUUACAAGAUAAGGCGACGGCCUCUUGCUCCGGCCUAGCGGAGGUCUUUGGAAGGCCGAUUUCAGUCUGGAGAACGAGCGAGGGAGGGAGCCAUGACGGACUCGAGCAUAUUACGGUGCUGCACAUCUGGACUGCUCAAGAGAGGGGGCGGGGUGCAAACACUACAUGUGGAUUUACCUCACUGGUUUUUUUUUCCUCCUCUUCCCGUCUUGCCAAUCGGUUGCUGCUUCUGUUGACACCUUUGCUCCGUCGGUGACCUUUACCCCUCCCCUCUGCCAGACUCAAGCACGACUCCAAAGCAAACGUUGUACCUUGGGCGUCCUCCAAAGAAAAGCUGCACACCUGGGGGUUGGGGCUUUUAGGCCCAGUCGUCGAUUUGUGCCCACCACGACCCUGUGGGCAGCAGUUGGAGGGCAGGGACGGGCAGGCAGUCUCUCGUGGUGACGAUAGAAUUGGAAGCGGCGAAAGACGUGGAGAGAGAAUUCAUGGGAGGGGCUGGGGGAAUUGCAGUAAACUUCGAGAGAAAAAGACAUCCGUUGGGAGAAUUGCACUAUCACUGACUUUCUAGUCAAGACAGCGAAAAUGGUUUUGCGAUUUUGUGUAUGCAUCUCUUCCAAAGUUAUUCACUUGUGAUCGGUGUUUUAUACAGCUGUUAUAUUUUU